AUUCAAGAUCAGCCUUUCCCCCCAUUGCGCUCACUAAGCCCUUCAUCUUUUAUUCAGUCUCAUAUUGGAGCUUUAAGUCGCUGAAUAUUAACAUCAUGUCUGACAAUCUCAUCGUCAAGAGUGUGGCAGGCACCUGCAUCACAUUCUCGUUCAUUCUCGCUGGAAAUGCAAUCACACAGUCUUAUAUGACAGUUCCAGCGCUACUUGUCAACUUCCCACCUCCAAGCUCACCUGAGCAUAAAGAGCGUGCCCGCCUUCUUGGUCGCCAGUGGCCACUUUGCUGGACAGUGGGCAACCAAUUUUUCCGCCCAAUCUCCACUCUUGGCUUCUUGGGCUAUGCGUACGCAGGAUAUGCUACGUACAAGCAGGGUAUCCUUGCCCGCAAUGACUGGAAGUUAUUCGCCGCUGCAGCUGUCAUGCACCUGGCCACCAUCAUUCACUCGGCGAAAAACAUGCAGCCUUUGAACGACAAGCUCGAGGCUCUGGCCGGUCGAGCUAGUGAGACGGAGUUGAAGGAGGCAGAGAAUGUCGCGAAGAAGUGGGCGAGUUGGAACAGACUGAGGCUCCUCACCCCAGUCAUUGCUGGCAGCUUAGCUCUGUACCAGCUGCUUGCAUGAAUGAUGCUUGCCAGGCCUGAGGAAUAUAUUCGGGUAGCGAACGAAGUAAUUGUGGGUGUUCAUGUGAAUCUCGGGUGAUUGGAGUUAGGGUAGCAAAUUUAUCAUCUACGUCCACUACUUUCUUCAUUUGCAUCAUUUGUAUUUCUAUAUUCUGACGCC